UCGAUCGAUUGCCAUGCAGGUUAUAUUGGUGAAAAGACCGUUUGUUCUAUUCGGAGCAAUAUCCAACGUUGAAGAAUUGCUUAAAAUGCCCCAAACCUUGAAGGUACUAUUUUUAUAACCGCGAGACUUCUGCCAUCAUGUAUCAGUUUAGCUACAUUACGACGAACGACGAUUUUUAUCACGGGAAAGACUUACUUCUAUGUGUUACUUAGAUUUAAAAGAUAAAUAAGUUAUCGAUUAAUCGACCAACUAUGAUAGACUCGAAAAAGAACAAUCAAAACAAGCAAUAAAACAAAACAAUCUGACAGGUCGACAAAUAAUUAGGUUUCAAUGUAUCGGUAACUUUUUUUCGCAGCGGUAUACAGACUUAUACAGACUUGCCAAAAAAAAGUCUGGCAUCUCUGCUUGUGAUAGCCAGAGAUAAGAUGAAAUAUAAAAUAACGAAAAUAACCAGCUCUUGAGCCAAAAAUAAGAAAAACAAAAUUACACCGGAAGCGUUCAAAGUGACGGAAACAAAGCACAGCGUAAGUUUGUGCAUAAGGCAGGCGUAAAAUUGGUCAAAUAUGGUUUUCAAGUGCCAGGAGGACAGCUUCCUGAAAGAGUAUAGCUCCAAAUGUGUGUCCUGCGAACGAACCGAUGGUGGUUUCAAUGUAGUCUUCGAAGACACCGUACUAUUUCCGGAGGGAGGCGGUCAACCGUCAGACCGUGGUUGGCUAAACGAGCAUGCAGUGAAUGUUAUUUUUCGACAAGGAGCUGAUGCAAUCCAUUUCUUGGAGGGAGAGGAGCAGCCGUUCCAGGUUGGGGAUCAAGUUACACAGAAGGUGAACUGGAAUCGAAGGUUUGAUCAUAUGCAGCAGCAUUCGGGACAGCAUCUGAUUACCGCAAUAUUUGAUAGAGAGUUUGGUUUCAAUACUCGUUCCUGGUGGCUUGGUACAGAUGAUUGUUAUGUGGAUCUAGACGCUAAAGAUGUUUCGAGGAAACAGCUUGAAACAGUCGAGCAAAUCUGCAAUCAGCUGAUCGUCGACUGCACACCAGUUAACGUGAAAGUUUACCAACAGGAUGACCCGAUGCUGAAAUCGGGAUUAACACGAACCCGUGGUUUGCCGGAGGAUGUUUGCGGUCCACUACGGGUGGUUACCAUUGAUGGGAUAGAAAGCAAUAUGUGCUGUGGGACUCAUGUGAAGAACUUAGCGCAAUUACAAGUCAUUAAACUUUUCAAUGUUGAAAAAAGUAAAAGCAAAUGUUUAGUACAUUUCCUAGUUGGUGGACGAGUAUUGCGGAAGCUAACCGAAUGCUACGAGCGGGAAGUUCAGUUUACUAACCUGUUGAAUGGUGGACCGCCUUCGCAUGUAGAUUUGAUUGAAAAACUACAAUCGACUUUGAAAUCAGCUCAAAAAACUUCCAAAAAGCUUACCGCUGAGUUAGCCUCACUAGAAGCAGAAAAACUUAACAAAAUAGACCCAAAGCCGCGAUUUUACGCCAUUAAUCGUCUAGAUGGAAAUGAUUCCGAUUUCAUUAACGUAUUUGCGAGGCUAGUCACUCUAACCGAUUGUUUUUUGUUCUUGACCAACGGCGAUGAAAGUGGUAAAGGACAGCUGCUGCUGCUCGGUAAUCCGAAAGAUAUUGAACAACUUGGAGAUAACAUUUGUAAACUACUAGAGGGUAAAGGUAAAGGCAAGGGAACACGGUUCAAUGCUAAAGUCAGUAAACUAAGCGCAGUUGCUGAAUGCCACAAACUAAUCGAACAAUACUUCAGCUCAAAAGCCGAUUGAUAUUUUGUGCUCCAGAUAAAAAUAAUGGAAUAAAGCCCGAUUACAAACCUA